AUGAAUGACAGGGCGACAAGGGGGAGAGAAAAUUCUUCCGGAAAAGAAGACCUCAUUGAUCGCAAUAUCAAGAAAUCGAAAUUGAACAGGGACGAGAUCAUCCCAGAUGCAGACCAAUCCACCAAGGAAACCACAGAAGCUACGGAGAAGAAGACAACAUGGGCAGAUAAGGUGAAAACGAUAAUGAAUCCUCUAGAACCUACAACCAUUCCUGGCUUGUACUGGGAUAAGCUCAUACAAGGGGAUACAGAGAUGGAACUCCCACCAGAUGAGAUCAUUCAAAUGGUGAUUCAUGAUUACGAUCAUGAAGACUGGAAAGAGAACUCCAAGGAGGGUUCCGCUCCCUUCAAUCAAGCCGAAGAAGGCGAUUAUCGCCAUGCACUCUUAGAAGAACCAUGGCAAAUGGUAGAUCAUUACUUACUGGUCCAAAGCCAGGAAAUCUUAGCAACGUACCAUUCGCAACUAUCCCAAAUCGGGUUUUGGGCCCAACAAAAGUUUACAAGUGGGACAGGUUCUAGGUAUGAGGUGCUCGAACAAGAAGAUCCCCAAAUCCAAGGCCCUAAUACUCAUAGGACAAAUGAACCAACACCUUUAUCAAAUGCCCAAACCUCUUAUUUGAAGAACAAAAAAAGGUUCUUCCAAAAGUCUCAAGAGCUAACCCGAAUCAAGGAAAGAGGCACCAGACGAGUACUAAUUCAAAUUAGGGAGCAUCCCACUCAACUAAAAAAGUUACUAUGCAACCUUCGUCUAAAGGUGGUAGUACCGUCUUCACAAAUCUAUUACCCAACUAAGGAAAAGGUAGAUAUGGCUAAUCGGAUUCAUCGGAAUGUUGUGAAGGCAAUUUUGGCGACGGAUCCACCUGACCCUGGAGCAGGCAUGAGCACAACUAGCAACAAAAUCGAGUUGAUUUUCUCCAAUAAUAGGGAUGAUGCAGUGAACAUGAUGGUGGACCAAAACUUUUCUGGGGUUCAUACUUGAUCAGUAAGAUGCUGUUGUUUAUACUACUUUCUUAUACUCUUUAUUAUUUAUGAAUAUCAUAACAUCGAAUUGCAGAUGUGUAGGUAGUAAGGGAUUCCUUGGUUUGAUUAGGGAGCUUUGUAAAAGACAUCACUCCAACUUUCUUUCUCUGCUAGAAACCCACAUAACUGGUAAAAAGGCUACUUUGAUUGCAAAAACUCUUGGUUUCUCUGAUUGGUACUUAAUGGAAGGUGUUGGUUUUUCUGAGGGCAUAUGGUGUUUAUGGAACUCCUCUCUUUGGCAUGUAGAAGUCAUCAAAGCUCGUAUACAAUUUGUUCAUCUUAAAGUUGCCAUAGGAAUAGAAUGUCAUUAGUUCUUAACUAUAGUUUAUAGCUCUCCCCUGUACAACUCUAUAUCAGAACUCUAGAAUGGUUUGCAAAGACUGGCAGGACAGGUUACAGGGUAGCGGUGUGUUGGAGGAAACUUCAAUUGCACAUUAUCAUCAGUGGAUGCUGGUAACAACUCGAGUAUUUCUUGAGACUCUCAUCACUUUGUGAACAAUCUUUUAGAUUGUGGACUGCACAACUUGGGUUACCAAGGCCAGCCUUUCACCUGGCAAUGAGGUAGAACCUGUUGAAGGUUAGACAGAUAUGUUGGUAAUGAUUUGUAGUUUCAACAAUUCAGUCAUGCACUGGUCAAGCACCUUCCCAAGCUUAAGUCUGAUCAUGUGCCAAUUCUGCUCAUUCUAGACACUAGUAAUGGAAUUGGUUCAUUGAUAAACCAUAAUUUUAUGGUUUAUUUUGUAUUGAAAUGAGUGAAUUUUAUCAACUUAUCCCACAUUUAUUCACUGAAAUAGUAUGCUUUUGUGAAUUCUUCCUAAAUUGUACUUAAGAUUAGAAACAUGCUUUUUAGGCCCUUAAAUUGUUAAAUUUAAUUCACUUUAAUUCCAUUCGAUACUUUGAUGUGUUUGUUAAAGUGAUUUCAAGCAAGAAUAGCUUGAAAAAGUGAAAAAAAGCAUACAAAAUAGAAAAUUCAUGAAGAAAUGGAGUUUGGAGCAUUUCAGAGUCAUGCGUACGCAUGCGUAUGCAUGCCUCAUGUGUACGCAUGACUUCCAGCACUUGACUGCACUUAAUUGAACACGCGGGUCGCAAUUUCAGACCAAUUUUGGGCUCAAUCCAACUCAUUUUUGAAGUAUUUCAAGCCAAACUCAAGGAGAAUCAA